AUGCGUCGAAGAGGCCACCAGCCCUUCCUCGAACCCCGACACAACGCUUUCUGCCCAAAAAAGAGCGAUACCCAGCUCCCCAAGUCCACCCCAUCCAAUAGAGCCGGUGCAAUCGAUCAAAAGCUCAUCGAAGGAGCCCAGAUAUCGCCCUUCUUCAGCCAAUUCCGUAGAACCGAGCCCGAAAAUCAUAUAUCUGAGCCGGAAUCGAUCACUCAUGCCCAGCGUGAUGAUGAUAUGCAGCUAGAUGCGUUCGAUCUUGAGUUACUUGCCCAGUCGAAUGGGGCAGCGAGGUACCGUCAAGAACAGCCUGCUGUAUCUGAUGCUGGGCAUCACUUGGGUUCGCAUCGGAUGGGAUCUUUGGAUGGGAGCCCCCCGAGACAGGUUUCUCAUUUCUUCAAUGGGUCGAGCUCUUCAGAGUUCGAGUUAGGGACCCCUUCGAGUCCAUUGACUAGAUUCGAAACUGGGAGAGCAGCGGCACUUCGGAGUCGGGAUAUUGAAGCCCAGUCUUUGCAGCCUGAUAGCCACCACCCUUCAUAUCCCAAUACUGGAGCAUUUGGAAAUGGCACACAAGCUCAGAAGACACCCUUUGAUAAUAUCCCAUUAUCUAUUCGAGGUAUUGUUCUUGUCUCCGUGCAUGAGCUUCCGGACAAUUUUCGGUCGAUUUUUCAUUUUCCCGUGUUCAAUGCUAUUCAGUCCAAGUGCUUCCAACCGGUCUAUAAGAGUAAUGACAAUAUCGUCCUCGCGUCUCCGACUGGGAGUGGGAAAACAGUUAUUAUGGAGCUAGCAAUCUGCCGUCUACUAGGUGAUUUGAAAGAUGAAAGUUUCAAAGUUGUCUACCAGGCACCGACCAAGUCCCUCUGUUCAGAACGAUUUAGGGACUGGAACAGGAAGUUCCAAUCAUUGGGUUUACAGUGUGCUGAGCUGACUGGUGAUACUGACUAUUCAUCCUUGAGAAAUGUUCAGAAUAGUCAGAUUAUCAUAACCACCCCGGAGAAAUGGGACAGCAUGACGCGGAAGUGGAAGGACCACGCGAGAUUGAUGCAAUUGGUAAAAUUAUUCCUCAUCGAUGAAGUCCACAUUCUCAAGGAAACGCGCGGUGCGACUUUAGAGGCUGUGGUAUCUCGAAUGAAGACUAUCGGAUCGAACGUGCGUUUCGUUGCAUUGAGCGCCACAGUGCCAAACUCUGAAGAUAUUGCAACUUGGCUGGGUAAGGAUGCAACGAACCACCAUGUGCCGGCACAUCGCGAACAUUUUGGAGAAGAGUUUCGUCCGGUUAAACUUCAGAAGUUUGUAUAUGGAUAUCAAUCGAACGGUAACGAUUUUGCUUUUGAUAAGAUGUGCAACUCUAAGCUUUCCGAUGUGAUUGGUUCACAUUCAUUUAGAAAGCCAAUCAUGAUAUUCUGCUGCACGAGAAACUCAUCUGUUGCUACUGCCAAAGAGCUGGCUCGGUUGUGGUCGAUGUCUAACCCCCCAGCAAGGCUAUGGAAAGGGCCCAGCAAAAGUAUGGAGGUUCAUAACAUGGAUCUGAAAACAACCAUAUCUGCAGGAGUAGCAUUUCAUCACGCUGGUCUUGAUCCUUCGGACCGCCAUACUGUUGAAACGGGCUUCUUACAGGGACAAGUCAGCAUAAUAUGCUGUACUUCGACACUAGCAGUUGGAGUGAACCUCCCAUGCCAUCUAGUCAUUAUCAAGAAUACCGUUGGAUGGCAAGAUGGCGGCUGCAAGGAAUACUCCGAUCUUGAAAUGAUGCAAAUGCUUGGUCGUGCGGGCCGGCCUCAAUUCGACGACAGCGCUACUGCAGUGAUCCUGACGCGAAAGGAACGAGUCAACCAUUACGAAAAGCUGGUAUCCGGAUCAGAGAGUCUCGAGAGCUGCUUACAUCUAAACCUGAUCGAUCAUCUGAAUGCCGAAAUCGGGCUGGGAAAUGUCACAAAUGUCGAAUCUGCUAUCAGAUGGCUUGCUGGUACAUUUUUGUUUGUGAGAUUAAGGCGUAACCCGAUACAUUAUAAGCUGAAAGAAGGCGCAAAUCACGAUGACGAGGAUGAAUUACUUCGACAGAUCUGUGAAAAAGACAUCAAACUCCUCCAGGAAAGUGGGCUAGUUUCUUCCGAACGGCUCAAAUCGACUGAAUUCGGUGACGCCAUGGCUCGAUAUUAUGUGCGAUAUGAGACGAUGAAGAUUUUACUUGCAUUGAAGCCCCAGGCGACAAUGUCACAGAUUCUCUCUGGGAUUGUCCAAGCAGAAGAAUUUCGGGAUAUUCGCCUCAAGGCCGGCGAGAAGUCGUUAUACAAAGAAAUCAAUCGGGCUAACAGCAUCCGGUUUCCAGUCAAAGUGGAUAUAGCACUCCCAGCCCAUAAAAUUUCACUUCUAAUACAAUCUGAACUGGGCGCGGUGGAUUUUCCAGACGGCGAGCAGUUCCAGAAACACAAGUUCACUUUUCAACAGGACAAGAACUUUAUUUUCGCCCACGUAAAUCGACUUAUUCGCUGUAUUAUAGACUGUCAGAUUUAUCUCGAAGAUUCGAUUGCCGUCAGAAACGCCCUGGAGCUUGCGAGAAGCUUUGGGGCUAAAGUCUGGGAUAGUUCUCCCCUACAGAUGAAGCAGAUUGAUCAGAUUGGGGUCGUUGCUGUCCGCAAACUAGUAGCUGCAGGAAUCACCAGCAUUGAAGCCCUGGAACUCACGGAAGCACACCAGAUCGAUAUGGCUUUGAGUAAAAACCCACCUUUUGGUGUCAAGCUCUUGUCUCGGGUUGCAGAUUUCCCUAAGCUUCGAGUGUCUGUCAAGAUAACAGGAAAGGAUAUCAAACCACCCCACCCCGUGAAGAUUCGAUUCAAAGCUGAAGUUGGCUUUAUGAAUGAAAAAAUCCCGACCUCCUUUCAAAGACGUACUGUCUAUGUGUGCUUCUUAGCGGAGACAUCGGAUGGUCGUACGGUUGAUUUCCGGCGAAUAAGUGCGAGGAAGAUUCAAAGCAGUCAUGAAAUAGUGCUUAGUGCAGAACUGAAAAGACCAGAUCAACACAUUACAUGCUACGCAAUGUGCGAUGAUAUUGCCGGAACUUUAAGAUCCGCAGAGAUCAAACCUGAUCUACCCUUCUCCUUGUUUCCGACUCGCUCAAAGACCGAAGAAGAAUCGAUAGAAAGACCCAAGAUGAAUACUUCGUGUCCGCGUAGCAACGAUAUAUCCCGGAACCAGAUGAAUUCGCAAAGGGUUGAUGUAUUCGAUGGUGAUGAUUUAUUUGAUGAAUUCCUGGGCAAAGACCAGGGAACCGAUUGGGUUGUUAUCAACGAGAAGUCGCCCGUUACGGCCCAGCAUAAAUCGAGGGAUAAACCUAAAGGAGAGAGUAAUAAGUUAGAGAUGAUGCAGGAGGAUUAUGAGCUUGAAGAAGAACCAACUCGACUCCCAAAUGGUAGAUGGGCAUGUAACCAUAAGUGCAAGGAUAAGACAGCAUGCAAGCACUUUUGCUGUCGCGAUGGCCUGGAAAAGCCACCCAAAGCCAGCAAGAAAUCAGCUGGUGGCAACCAAAAAAGAAACGAGUUCAACCAACUAACUCUUUCAGCAAGUAUCACCAAGAAGGAUGCUGCACCGCCUGAAAAAGAGGAGAAACUCGAUCGAAGAGACAAAGCAAGUGGCCGCAAACCGUCUACUCAAACGCAAAAGCCAACACUGGAAGCAAAGUUAGCUGGCCAGGGUACGAUGAUAUCAACGCCUCAGGUUUCAAAUGCGGCAUCUUUGAUGCAGCCGACUCUCACUGACACUGUUGAGAGAUCUCCCAGUCGUCUUAGUAUUUUUGACGAGGAUUCUUCAAGUGACUACGGGGAUGACAGUUUCACUAACUUGCCUUCGCCAUCGGUGUUGCUGUUUGAAGGCGCCAGCAACACCAUAAGACCAUCAUACCAAAAAGAGGAAAACCCCAAUGAAGUAUCCAAGGUCGACAAAAGCACAUCCGAGUCAAACGGAAAUUGGAUCGAUGUCGAGGAGCCACGGCAUCCGGUUCAAGCUCCAUUCCCUGGCUCUGGACAAAACAAGAAAUAUGUCAUCGACCUUGACAUUACGAACCCAGUAGAUAUAAAAGAGUGGUUUCCAUCAUCCGAGACUGUGGAUCCAUUUUUCGAACCACAAAGAGACCAGACUAACAGCCAAGUUCUAGAGUUUGAUGAGAAUUCACUGCUACUUGCAGGCGUGGGUCUCGAAGAUUCUCGGGGGACAAAGCGAAAGCUGAGCAUCAUAGACGAAAACAAUGAAUCUCGUCCUGGAAAAGACGAAAAGAGAGUGAAACAGAAUGAACCCCACUCUUUGAGCCUAGGGCAAACUGGCGUUCUUGCAGAGUCCAGAGAAGUCAACAAGAAUGGCUUUGUGAGACUCGAAACAGAAACACAACGUGCGUCAGCUCCAAAGGGCUGGGAUGAUAUCGAUCCGGGGUUGCUGGAUGAAUUCAAGGAUAUUGUUAAUUUCUUUUAAGUACAGACAGAGAUUGAUAUGCCACCAUAUCAGCGGGGGAAGAUCUGAUGAGAUAUGGAUUCGUUGUUGAUUUGUUUCUUUCUGUUUGAGGGUUGAUUUGAGAUUGAUAUGGACUCGAGACUGCAUUUUAAAGAGUCAAGUAUAAUAGACGAUAGCUGCUUUAUAGACUACUAUAUCAAGC